AAUAAUGAUCGGCAUAAUAAAUAGAAGCCAGCUCUAUUAAAAUACUCACUCUUAAACUGUGCUUCAAAUAGAUAACAACAAAAAACAAAGAUUUGAAAACAAAUAUUCACUCAAAAUGCUAGAUAUUAUAAAACCAACGACGUACGAAUUUGAAAUCGAUGAUGCACUCGAUUCGCUUGACUUAUUAAAACCAAACAUCGUUACACCGCUACCAAUGCAACAAAGCGGUAAGGCUGGGAGCACAAUACGUUUAUUGUGUCUCCUUACCGGCUACCCACCACUUCAAAUCGAAUGGUACUUAAACGGCGAACUCAUUUCUUCUCUGAAUGAUCAAAGAUUUUCAUUUGAGAACAAUACUAGAGCACUGGUUAUCAAAGAUUUGAAGAUGCAAGACAGUGGCUCGAUCAGUUUUCAUGCAAAAAAUAAAUAUGGCGAGAUAAGCAAUACUUGUUAUCUAAAAGUUGAGGGAAAAUCGUCGAAGAAAACAAAAGCCCUCUCUAUGUUACCAAUGAAAAAGAAGUUGACGAUGGUGAUGAAUAAAGGAAGAUAAUUUUUUAAAGAUGAAAAAUAGCAGGAAUUGGUGAAAUGUAGAAAGAACUCAUGAUCGUGUUUACUGAAGCAGAAAACUGUUUUAACUGGAGUGUUCCAGAAAACUUACUUUGAAGUCACGCCAAGCCACACUAUGAUUGUUGACUAUAUAUCAAAUUACAAAAGUAAUAGUUCACAUUAUGUGGGUGUCACCUGAUACACUUUGUUUUACAAAGAUUGGCAGUUAUGAUAUAAAAAAGCUUUGCUCAAUUCACGUAAAUUGGAUUUAAUCCAAGACAUUUCUAUAAAAGAAAUGCUAUGUACUAUUUUUAUUUUUUUGCUUGUUGUUUAUCUGAAAUAAAAUGUAAAUAAAAUAUUAGACAUAUAUUUAGCUGUGUAAAGAAUUUUUAAAAAAUCAUUUAAAAUACAAAAAUUAUUUAAGAAAAAAAAAAGUAAUUGAAAUAA